AUGGCUACGAAUGGACCUUCCAUUCGUGUACUGUCCACUUUGGACUCCUCUGCGCCGCAUGUCUUUAGAGCCCCGAGCAAGAAGAUCCACGAGUCGCAAGAUGUAUCGGCCUUCCUCACCUCAAAAGCCUAUACUGAUAUCAUGACUUGGCUGUUACAACUCAACCGAUCGAUGUUUCCCUUGAAAUUAGACGACGGCACCUCCCAGUCUUGGCUUAUCAACAGUGAUGCGAUUUCAUUCUCUGCUCCUAUCCGACAAUUACAGGAACUUCUCUCCAGCCUUGAAGACAUCAUCCAGGAGGUUCCGCCCGAUACUGGCCCGCGGAGAUUUGGAAACAUAAGCUUUCGAAGGUGGUGCGAGGUGGUUAAGAGUCGCGCGUCGGACCUGUUAAAAGAAUGCUUGCCAGCAGAGCUCUUACAAAGAGUUUCACCAAACGGGGAUGGUGUGACCGCUGGAGAAGAACUGAAAGCAUACCUCGUGGGCAGCUGGGGCAGUGGACAGCGUCUAGACUAUGGUACUGGCCAUGAACUAAGCUUCCUUGCUUUCCUGGGCGGAUUAUGGAAGUUGAACGUAUUCCCCAGAUCCGAGCCUGGCGUCGAGGAACGAGCUAUUGUUAUCGGGGUCAUUCAGCCAUACCUGGACCUGGUUAGAAAACUUAUUAAAACAUACACCCUUGAGCCCGCGGGUUCCCACGGGGUCUGGGGACUCGAUGAUCACUCCUUUCUUCCUUACAUAUUUGGGUCUGCCCAAUAUUCACCUGCAAUCACCGACUCUGAUUUGACACCAGAAGAAGGCUCUCUGCCUGAUUCUCCAGAUCCAGGCGGAGUUGUCAAAGCAAAUAUUGUUGAACAGGAACGAGAGACUAACCUGUACUUCUCCGCAAUCGGUUUCAUUUACGAUGUGAAGAAAGGCCCUUUUUGGGAACACAGUCGCAUCCUCUAUGAUAUCUCAGGUAUCCAAUCUGGUUGGGGUAAGAUUAACAAGGGAAUGGUCAAAAUGUACAACGCAGAAGUUCUUUCUAAAUUCCCCGUGGUUCAGCAUUUUCCCUUUGGGAGUCUGUUCAGCUGGGAUAAGGAUCCCAAUGCCAUCCCUCCUCCUUCCACAGCCCACGCAACGUCUGGACCCCAGGCAAGGCCCGUCGCGCCAGAUCACGGUCAUGCUUCCAUAGCCACUCCUCGUCCUAUGCCUGGAGCUGGUACUCAAGCUCCUUGGGCCAACUCAGCAACGGGCACACGGGCCGUGCCGCCAACGGGUGGAACAGCAGCUCCAUGGGCUAAUGCAAGGAGAGAAGGUAUACCCGGCGGUGCAACAAGAAUCCCUUCUGCUCUCCCAGAUACUUCAAGGCUACCUCCGGGCCCUAUGGCGCCGAUUAGAGCCCCAUGGGCAUCUUCACAGUCUCCACCCUCACAGAGCGGCAAUGUCGAAGUGCAUACAAAGGCUCCCUGGGCUAAAUGA